GUGUCGCUUCCUGCUCUUGCCCCGUAAAGAUGCAUCCAGGUGGCAAGGGGCAUUGCCAAGGUCAUCCUCACUGUGGGCCACCCCCUGGCCACGGUCCAGGACACUGUCAUGAGGGACAUCACCCUCCAGGACCUGGUGGUCCACAACCUGGCCAUGGCCCAGGACACUGUCCUGGAGGACAUCACCCUCCAGGACAUGGUGGCCCAUCCCAUGGCCAUGGCCCAGGGCACUGUCCUGGAGGACAUCACCCUCCAGGACAUGGUGGCCCAUCCCAUGGCCAUGGCCCAGGGCACUGUGGCUCUCACCCUGGUCCACAUCACUGAGAAAUCAGAAGAAAUGAAGACACAAGAUGAGGAGUCUGCAUGGAAUCCCCAGCUGACCUGGCACCAGGUCUAAACUAGAAUUUUCCCUUGCAAAUAAAUAGCCUCUUGGAGGCCA